CCUAGCUAUUUUGGCACUCUCACGCCGCAGGUCAUCUAGGUUUCGGGGUUUUUCUCCCCCUCGACCGCCGAGAGGACCCCGAGCCAGGGUUCCGUUCCACGGCGUGACUGCUCCGCGAAGUGAAAGCUAGGUUUUUGGAGGCGCAGGGCAGAGGAUUCUGGAGCAAUUGAGAAAAAAAAAAUGGGGGAUUCCGAGGGGCUGUGCGGAUCUGAGAUGGAAUUCUCUCGGCCGGCGGUGGCUGCGAGAAAGAAGUGUUCGAAAAGAUCGAGUCUUGAUGAAGAGGAUUUCCUUACUCUGUUGCAUGGCUCCGAUCCGGUCAAGAUUGAGCUCAAUCGCCUCCAGAAUGAAAUGAAAGAAAAGAACCGCGAGCUAGCUGAAGCUCAUGGUGAGACAAAGGGCCUAAAGUUGACAGAACGAGCAAAGGAUAAAGCUCUAGCAGAGGUUACCGAGGAGCUUGAAAAGAUAAUGGAGAAACUCCAGGCAUCAGAAGCUAAUCUUGAAAACAAGAACCUAGAAAUAAAGAGAAUUACCGAUGAAAAGAAAGCAGCAUUGGCAGCACAAUUUGCAGCUGAAGCUACUCUUCGGCGUGUUCAUGCUGCUCAAAGGGAUGAAGACCUACCUCCUUUAGAAGAUAUACUUUUCCCAAUUGAAGCAGAGAUUAAACUUCUGAGGCAAGAGCUCUCAAAGCUUCAGGAUGAUAACAGAGCCUUAGAGAGACUAACAAAAUCCAAGGAAGCUGCUUUGUUGGAUGCAGAAAGAGAGGUCCAAUUGGCAAAGAUCAAAGCUGCUCUUGUUGAUGACUUGCAGAACAAGAACCAGGAACUUAUGAAACAAAAUGAUAUAUGUCAGGAAGAGUACAAAAUAUUAGAUAAAAUGCAUCGUCAAAAGGUUGCCGAGGUUGAGAAGCUGAGCCAGACUGUUCAUGAACUUGAGGAGGCUCUCCUUUCAGGGGCUGCUGCUGCAAAUGCUGUACGUGAUUAUCAGCGUCAAGUUAAUGAGCUGAAGGGGGAGAAAAGAACUCUUGAGAGAACAUUGUCUCGUGCGAUGGUUACAGAAAAUCGCAUUGCAGUUGGAAUGGCAAAUGAAUGGAAAGGUGACAAUGACAAAGUUAUUCCUGUAAAGCAAUGGCUUGAAGAACGGCGUAUUCUUAUGGCAGAAAUGCAGCAGCUUCGUGAUAAGCUUUCAAUAGCAGAACGUACUGCCAAAGCAGAGGUCCAACUUAAAGAAAGGUUGCAACUACGCUUGAAGGUUGUGGAGGAUGGACUUAAAUCAUCACUCCGCUCUGGCAUUUGUUAUGAAACUCGAAGCAGUCCUAUUGGAUUGUCUCGAAGUCGUUCAGUAAAUGGGGCUGAAGUUUCUUCAAAUACUCUAUCAAGCGGGUUUUCCAUGAGGAAAUCAUCUGCUCCUAUUGGAAGAUUGUCUACAAUGUGUGGCCCAUCCAAUACAAUGCUAAAAUAUGCAAAGGGUGUAUCUAAGUCUUUCGAUGGAGGAAGGUCAUCAGAUGAAUAUAGUUGUAGAUCGAAGUCAUUUGGAGAUCCAUGCUGUAAUAAUUCUCUGGGAGAAGAGAUUGAACAAUUAUCAGUUAGUAACACAGCAACUGAUGCAGAGAAGGAGCUUAUCAGUGGCAAACAAUCAGAUCCUUUAGAAACUGUUGGUGAUGAUACUGUUUCAGGUGUCUUUUACGAUAUUCUGCAAAAGGAGGUGAUUUCUUUAAGAAAAGCAUGCCAUGAGAAGGAUCAGUGCUUAAAAGACAAGGAUAAUUCAAUUGAGAUGCUCUCAAGGAAAAUUGACACUCUAACCAAAGCAAUGGAAGUAGAGACAAAGAAGUUGCGUAGAGAAAAAGCUGCUAUUGAGAAAGUAGUAGCAUCCAUUCGGGCUGAAAAGGAGCAUGAACUGAAAGCUAGGCGCUUGAAGGGAAUAAUCAAUAAUAUCCACAAUUAAGAAAAAAUUGACAAGAACAUGAAGUGUCUUCUUGACCUUCUUGCUCUUGCAUUUGCAGAUGUGCAAGUAAGCUGCCGUGAAUUUCCUGCCCGAUGCUAAGCAAAAGGAUAUACCAGUUAUCAGUCAUGUAAAAAUGCAUGCAGUAAAGCCACACGAGCAAAAUCUGGCAUGGACCUCUUCACUGUUAAAGGGUUGAGGCCCAACUUUGUGGCCUUUAAGUUGACAAUUUUAAGGCAACAAUAUUUACCAGCCAUCAGAAUUCAGUUGUACAUAACUGUGGUUUUGGAAGUUGGAAAUUCAAAUGUUCAUGCACUUUCCUACAAAUAACUUCAAGCUUGAAGAUGUAAUAAAUCCAGAAGCAGUUUUUAGCUGAGGGCUACCCAAUCGAAUAUUUAUGAAUGCAUGCGAGGUGCAAUCUUGCGCAGGUUCCAUGCCAGCAGACCACCUUAAUUUGAUGUCGCCUUUUCUAUAUGAUAUGGAUGGUUAACUUCAACUCUUUCCAUUUUCUGAAAGGAGAACUUCAACCCUUGAACGAAUCAUUUUGCUUCA